AUGAUGAUUGAAGGAUAUUCAAAGAAAAUUCAGAGAAGACAGCAAUUGACUAUGAAGAUAUGGAAGAGAGGAAGAAUACAUAAUUUUGGUGAUUCUUCUGCAGAGAUUGAAGAAUUGAAGAGGAUAGGAGAAGAGAGAUGGAGAUUGAAGAGGGAGAGAAUUUUUGAGAUUCUUGUGGUGAUUCUCCAGGCGGUGAAGAAUCCAGAUGAAAGUGCAGGGCUGUCGCAUUUGGAGUCAAGUUUGGUGCAGGCCUGGAACGAUUUUGACAAUUGUAUGCAGGGCUGGUUGAGUCUAACAGUCAGUUCGGUUUUGAACCGGUUUUUGUUGUGA